AUGGAUAUCCUAGCAGGAAUGCUUCUCAAUGGACCUGAUAGGGGCCAUGAAUGUGCUACUAACAAUGGUGGUUGUGCGCAUUAUUGUACAAACACAUUGGGUAAUUAUAGCUGUUGCUGUGAUUCAGAGUAUACUCUCAAUAUUGAUGAUAUCAAUGAGUGUGAUAUUGACAAUGGUGGUUGUGAUCAUACUUGUACCAAUAAACAAGGAAGCUAUCAGUGUCAGUGUGAUGUUGGUUUUAAUUUAAAAAACAAUGGAAUAAACUGUACAGAUAUUAAUGAGUGUAAUAUCAACAAUGGAGGCUGUGAACAAGACUGUUAUAACAUUGGUGGAAGUUACUAUUGUGCUUGUGAUACUGGAUAUAUAUUAGAAUUAAAUGGUCAUAACUGCACAGACAUCAAUGAAUGUACAAAUGGUACUCAUCUUUGUGAACACAACUGUUAUAAUACUAAUGGAAGUUAUGUCUGUGAUUCACCAGGCUACCAGUUGUCUAAUGGACUCACUUGUUCUGAUAUCAAUGAAUGUGAUAGUAACAAUGGUGGUUGUGAUCAAGAGUGUAUUAAUCAAGUAGGAUCUUACUACUGUCAAUGUAACACUAGCUACACACUUGAUGAAGAUGGACAUGGAUGUUCUAACUGGCUAGUAAUGGCAGAACAUGUGAUGAAUUGUCAAAAUACAAUUGGUAGCUAUUCUUGUUUUUGUCUAACUGGAUACUUAAUUGAUGAUAGUAAUGGUUACAACUGUACAGAUAUCAAUGAGUGUGCUGCGUAUAAUGGAGGUUGUAGUCAGAUAUGUUCUAACACUUCUGGUUCUUAUUUUUGUUCCUGUACGUCUGGAUACAUUCUGGAAAUAGAUGGACAUAGUUGUGUUGAUACUAAUGAAUGUUUAUUAAGUAAUGGAGGUUGUACUCAAAUAUGUACUAAUAGACUGGGAAGUUAUGAGUGUUCCUGCAAUAGUGGAUUCUUAUUGAACAUGACUGACAGACAAAGUUUGUGA